AUGCGAAUCUUCACCGAAAGUGAGAUCAUGCAUUAUGUCCUAUCUCUCUUGAAUCAAUUUGGCGGGCAGUUGACGCAUGCAGAUUUGCCGUGGCGUCUUUUCGCAACACUUUUGCCAGACAAUGUGCAGUGGCCGCGUAAUCCUGUGAAACUCAUGGAUCAGGUGGCGGAUCUAUCGCCGUUUUUGGUUUUCUCUGGGCAGACACUGCGCAUUGCGAGCAGUGCUUACUUACUUGCGAACAGCACUACACUGCAGUAG